AUGGCUGCCGAAGUAAAAGCCCAAACUGAGCUCCAGGACUUCAAGAGUCUCUUCUCCCUCGAUGGAAAAGUAGUGGUCGUCACAGGCGGCUCACGGGGACUGGGUCUCCACGCUGCUUCUGGCUUCCUUCAGGCCGGCUGCUCGAAAGUUUACAUAACUUCGCGCAAAGCUGCAGCCUGCGACUCUGCAUGCGCCGCCCUCAAUGCCCUACCAAACAAACGUCCAGGCGCUCAAGCCAUCUCAGUGCCCGCCGACAGCGCAAAGGUUGCAGACGUGGAGGCUCUGGUAAAGAAGGUCAUGGAAACGACGGACCAUGUGGAUAUCUUAUUUGCAAAUGCGGGGGCUACGUGGGGGGAGAAAUUCGAUACUCAUCCUGAUGGCGCUUUUGCAAAGGUGAUGGACUUGAAUGUUAAGAGUGUCUUCAAUACUAUCCGCUUGUUUGCAGCGCUACUUCAGAAGAAUGCAACAAUGGAGGACCCCUCCCGAGUCAUCGUUACCGCCUCUAUUGCCGGCCUCGGUGUUGGCUCUCUGGGUGAAAAUGCGACCUUUGGCUACUCUGCGUCUAAAGCGGCUGCAAUUCAUCUUACCCGGAAUCUGGCUGUCGAGCUCGGCCCUCGACACAUCCUUUGCAACAGCAUUGCCCCAGGUUUCUUCCCCUCGAAGAUGGCUUCGGGAUUGAUGUCAUUGCAUGGUGGUGAGGCAGAGAUGGCAAAGCAGAAUCCCAACGGUCGAUUGGGCAGGCCAGAAGACAUUGCCGGCGCAGUGGUGUACUUGGCGAGUAGGGCAUCCAGUCAUGUCAACGGAGCCUGCAUUACCCUCGAUGGCGGCGCAUUAUGGGGCAAAGGAAGGUUGUAG